CUUUUCCAUCCUUACCUUUGGCUGUAGGAGGAAUUCAGGCAGAUGGCCAGGAGGAAAGAGAUACUGCCCCAAAGGCUGCUACAGCCUGAUGAUGGGUGGCAACUUCGCAUGAAGUUCCUCCAGCAAGCACAAAGCUACAUUGGGACGCCGUAUGCCAAGAAAUAUCACCAGCCUGGAAGCCUGGAAUACGCCUCUCCCCUCUUUCUGGAUUGCUGUGGGUUCCUUCGGAGAGUAAUGCAGGACUUGGCUGAGGAUUUUGGCUUCUGCAUGGGUUCAGGCAACCAAGCCUAUCAGUAUGACACUCUUCCUAUUACAUUACCCAGCGAGGACCAUCUGAAGCCAGGCGAUCUCAUCUUCAUCUCGGGAGUUUACUUUGAUCCACAACGUAAGAGGCAACCCCAUGACAUUGUCCACGUGGAAAUCUGGCUGGGAGAAGGAGAACGUAGCCUUGGGGCCAGGUUGAAGCAUGGCCGAGUGCAGGUCUUUGAUUCCUACAAGUUCGUCUCCAGCUCCUACGGAGACUUGAAAUACCACUUCAAGUCCAUCAAGACGUGGCUCCGAGGCAUCUGUGUCAGGCAAGCAUCUGUCGGGAGGUGCCCACUACCCAAUCUCUCUGGGACCUUGAAAGGAAAAAUGGUGGGGCUGCAGAUCCAACCAGGUAGCCCACAGCGGAGCGUAGGGCACUGGUUUCCAGGUGCCUGUCAACAGGGAGGAUGGAAAACAGCUCACUCUGCAUGGUCCAAUCCAGCCUUCUCCAUCCCGGCUGUUCUCAGGAUGGGUGGAUUUCCACUCCCAGAAUUCUCAGCAAUGGCCAGGCUACCUGGGGAAUUCUGGGAGUGAGAGCUCACAGAUCUGGGCUCUUAGGACCAAGGGAGGAAGUCCAGCAGCAAGGAGCAGAUGGGCAGAGCAAUCAAACCUUGCUCUACAUUUUAUUUUUAAAAAGGCAGCCAACCUGGCUUUUUUAAAGCUUCCAACCUCGCCUGGGUGAAUCCCAAACUCACUGCAGACCAUUAAACCGAAGGAUCCUUGCAUUCACAUGCUUGAA